AUGGGUGCAGCUGGACGGCACGUGGAACCGAAGCAAGCGGAGGAAGUGUCCCGGCGCCUCGAACAGCGCCUGGAGGCCCUCUCCACUUCCUUGAAUCAAUGCUCUACAGGGCUCGCAGAUGCCCGGACGCAGAGCCGAGAGCUCGUGGACCUGCGGGCGACAGAGCUCAAGGACCAGCUGUCCAGCCUCAGAGAUUCCCUGGGUGGCGCAGCUCAGGAGGCGCUGAACCUGGCGCGCCGGCAUGAGUCGCUCGAGGAGCUCACCGACCGACGUUUCGGCGAAGAGCGCCGGGAGCUGGAGGCACUGAAAUCCUCGGAUGCCGAGCGACAGAAGCAGCUCGACAGGCUCACCAAGGCCCUCGGGGAGCAGUCGGAAGCGCGCAAAGGAGUGGCCAGCGACCUCGAGCGCUGUCAGGCUUCGGACAGGCAGCAUGCAGACACCUUGCGGCGCUUGGAGACUCGCCUGGAGGCUCUGUCUGCUUCCUCGGUGCAGAUGGCUGAAGGUGUCGCAGAGGCGAAGGUCUUCGCCCGCGAGGCAGCGGAGAAGGCCCAGGUGCAGGCAAAGGAACUCCUGGAGCAGCGUGCGACGGAGUUGAAGGAGCAGGCCGAACGGCGGGCUGCGGAGGCGGCGGCGAAGUUCCAGGCCCUGCAAGCAGCGGAUUCCGAGCGGGAGCAGCGCCUCCAGGAGCUGGCCAAGGCAGGCGUGGAGGCCGCAGCGGCGCGGAAAGGACUCUUAGCCGAAGUCGAGAAAUGCCAAUCUCUUGACAGGCAGCUACAAGAUGAGCUGCGCCGCGUGGACGCCCGACUGGAAAAGGUCUCAGCUGUGGCGGUGCAGUCCUCCGAAGGCCUCGCAGAAGUGAAGGCCUUCGCGCGAGAGGCGACCGACCGCACCGCGAUCUUAUCCAAGGAGCAGCUGGAACUGCGGUCCGCCGAGCUCAAGGAACUCUUUGAGCGCCGAGCUACAGAGACAUCAACGAAGCUCGAGGUGUUGCGAGCCGCGGACACCGAGCGCAGUCAGGCUCUCGACCGACUGUCGAAGGUGUGUGCGGAGCAGAGUGAAGCGCGGAAAGGCAUCGUGGCAGAUGUCGAGCACUGCCAGUCCAGCGACAGGCAACUUGAGGAUGCACUGAAGCGCGUCGACGCAAAGGUGGAGUCUGCCGCCUCUGUGGCGGCGCAAUGCACCGAAGGUGUCGCCGAGGUCCGCGUCUUUGCACGAGAGGCCGUGGACAAAGCAUCCACGCAGAGCAAGGAACUCCUCGAGCUCCGCUCGGCAGAGCUGAAGGCCCAAAUGACCAGACUACACGAAGAGCUGUCGAAGCAGACCUCGAAGGAGCUCCAAAGUCAGAGCCACUCCCUGGCAGAGCUCUCCCGGCGCACGGAGCAGCGUGCAGAAGCCCUGCAGGAGCUACUUGAGCGCCGAUGCAGUGACAACGCCUCGAAGGUGGAGGGCCUGCGCCUUGCAGACGUAGAGCAGCAGCAGCAGCUCGAGAACGUCUCCAAGGCCUGCACCGACAUGUCACAAGCGCAGAAAGGCAUCCUUCUGGAGCUGGAGAAGUCCCAGUCUGCUGAGAGGUCUUUGUCGUCUUGGUUGGUGGUGAUCAGCGCAUUGGGGCGACUUUCCAUUGGCCGUCAUCGCUUUCUCCUUCUUCGCUGUGCUGUGGAGCUGAUCUGGAGGGAGGGAGAGAAGGAGAUGGAGGUGGAAGAGGUUGACUCCCCAACCGAGCUGGCCGAGGACUCAGAUGUGGGAAUCGAGCCGAAGAUUGAGAAGACCGAGAAGAGGAAGAGGAGUGAUCGGAAGAGAAGAGGCCGUGACCGACUGUCCGAAGUGCCAGGAUCUGAGAGCGAGGAAAGUCCCACCAAGCGACCGCUGCGUACCGACGAUCAGCCCAUUUCUGGACGUGAACUCCGGGCCCUCUUGCUUGACCACAGGCAGGAUCUCAAGGAGGCGUGGAAGGAGUUUGAGGACCGCCUGGGGAAAGUUGAGCUCUGCCAACGCAAACAGUCAGGGGAGAUUACGUCCAAUGCGGGCCGGAUCAAAGUGCUGGAGAAGGAUGUGGCUGGAGCGAAGAAAACUGCAUCGGCGUCAGAAAAGAAGGUUGAUAAGCUCGCCGAGGAAGUCGCCAAUCUCAAGGUCCAGAUGGGCGAAGUCAAGCAGGGAGUGAGUGAGAUCGCUGUUGGUCACAAGUCUGCUGCCAUGGAGGGAGGAAAUGGUGCUGGUGGAAUCGGAUUUACGGCCUUGGAUCCAUGGGCGGAAUAUCUUCGUCGCAAGCCUGAAGGAAGUGGAGGACCAGCUGCCGUACCUGGAGGAUCUGGUCAUCUACCACAAGGGGGCGAAGUUGCGGAGGGACUGUCUGACGAAGACAAGAGAACCCUCAUCCUUGGCGGGUGGCUACAAGACACACGGCGGGCGACCAUCGAGGAGGAGUCUCUCCCUUUGUUACAGCAUGAAACGGUUCGUCCCUACCUUGACGUUGAGAAGCUUGCUGUUUAUGGGCCGAGAAGAAGCAUUGGCAUGCUCAAAUUCACUCAACGUAGUGAUGAACAUUCCUUCGACGAGGUCAAGUCCAGGAUGUGGAAGGUCGUGAAGGCUGUCUCGGCACUGAAAAUGCAGAUCAAGAGUGCUCACGCCAUGGGAGAGGAGAAGUUCUUUUGGGCGGCUUUCGUUAAAACCAAGACCGCGAGGGCGAGGUCUUCCCACAUCAGCAUGGUGAGGAGAGUCUGCAUGCAACUUGCUGCAGAUUCAAAAGAUGCGGCAGGAGGGGUGCUGAACAUCGAUCACACCAUGGUUGGCGCAUAUGACAUGGACUGGUCAGCCGGGACUAUUUGGUGCGGCAUCCACAAACUUGCAUCAGCGACCCAUCGUUCACCGAAAGAUGCCGUCACCAUCACCAUGAGUGGGGGGUGGAUCAACCUUGAUGCAGUCGGAUUGAUCGUGGGGGCUGACACGGACGCCGAGACUGAGGAGCUUGCUGGGGAGACUUGUCGUGGACCUGAUUGCCCUUCUCUUCUUAAAGCUCAACCUAAGGUUCAGCAUGGGAGAGAGAAGACCUUCCGGUGUGCAAGAUACCGGUGGGGGCGAGCAGGCACCUGGAACCUUGGAGGACAGAAACUUGACCUCCUCGACGUGUCUGGACACGACUUGGAUCUUGUAUUUGCACAGGAGAUUUCACGUGAUGUAGAAGGAUGGGACACAUUAGACACGAAUUGCUUUCAUUGGAUCAUGCAUCGGCAUACCAGUCACUGGAGGGGAGUUGCGAUAGGCAUCGCUUCUGACAAGUUGGACUGUGUCAUUGACAAGAGAGCCACCAACCGUGGGAUUUGGGUGCUUGCACGGGUUCAGGGAGUUGGACGAGUAGUACUUGGGAGCAUCCAUUGCCACACGGGAGCCACGAACGCGAUCUACCAGGCCGCUGUUAUCCAAUUCGCCCGUUCCUGCCCUGCCAAAUGGCGUCAGUAUCCUCUUUUGGUCGGAUCGGACGUCAACGAGGUACCUACGUGGUUUGCUGAUGAAGCUGGCAAAGGAUGUUUGGCAAGUGGAUCAAGCAACCUCAACGAAGUCGCACAUCAACUACUUGAGUUAGGGGUUCACCCGGUUCCUCCCUGUCGAAGUCAGUGGUCCUCUCCUACCCACUUUCCUCGCGACUCGACCAGAAAAGGCAGGCAGAUUGACAUGUUGUGGUCGAGAGGAUGCAGUCUCAGUGAACCAGUUAUUGAAGCUGAUCGCCGUCAUACUGUUGGCACUGAUCAUGCACUACUCAUGUGUGACAUCUUCACUGAAACAAAGUCGUCGCAUCGCUGGGGAAAUGACUCAAGGCCACGCUUCAUGCAGGGCGACAUUCCUAAAGUGGAGAUAUGUGACGUAGAUGACGUUGUGCAGUUGGCAAGGAAGUGUUCGAAACCACGCACAGCUACGAGCUAUCGCGACACGGAGAAGAUCAAAUUGGCCAUUGUCCAGGCGAAGGAGCACAAGGACCCCAAAGAAUGGAAAAGGGUUCAUCGAGCUCGUCGCCGAGCCCGUCGUCAAUGGGAACAAGAUCGUCUGUCGAACAUCCUAAAUGGGGAUUGGCUUCAGUAUCGUUCUCUCCAAGCUGAAAGAACAAGGAAAAAGGGAUGGUGGGGGCGAAUGUUACUUGAGCGAUCAUCGAGGGAGAACACCGCCAUGGUGCAACAGCACCUCGAGGCUAAGCUUGUCAAUGAGUUUGGGGCUGAUUGGGACGACUUACUGCAGAGCCAGAUUGAUUGCGUUCACAUUGCGGGUGAGUUCGAGGACUUUUCUAUGCUGGAUGCUCGGGAAGUUCUUCAAGAAAUGAAAGCCAACAGCGCUGUUGGUCCGGACGGGAUAGGGGUGUCCUUUCUCCGCGCCGCCUUCAGUGAUGACCAUGUCGGUCCGCAGAUUCUGAGUUUGGUGAACCACAUCAUUCGGAACCUGGAGCUUCCGGCACAGUGGGAUAAGAACUUUCUGGCAUUGUUGGCGAAAUGUGACAUCCCAGCUCGGCCCGGCGACUUACGCCCCAUUUGCGUUAGCUCUGCCUUCCAUAAGAUGAUCACGAAGAUGGUAUGUAGAAGGGCAAUGCCUGUUAUGCGCACCGGCUCCCGGAUCUCUGGUUGUGGAAAAGGGAGACAAGCAGCGGAUGUCAUUGGGACCGUGGGGAGGAUCCGCGAUGUGACGCAGGAAUGGAAGCUGGGAACUCUUCUUUGCAAGCUCGAUAUUUCAGGUGCUUUCGAUCGAGUCGAUAGGCAGAAAAUCGUCGAGUUUCUAAAGGACCGACUUCGUGAUCACGACCUUGAUCAUGAACUCAGAUAUUUGCUUGCGCAGCUCCGUUCUUACAGCUUAGAAGGUCACGUUCCUGGUGGGCAUCCCAUCUCACUUCGUCCCAACAUCGGGAUUAAACAGGGAGCUCCCGAGAGCGCCGAGGUGUUCGGACUUGUGAUGGACGCCAUUCUGACUAAGCUGACUGAGCACAAGAAGUGGCGUGACUUUGGGGCGAUUUUCCCUGGACUCGAUCUGCAACUGGUCUUUUACCAGGAUGAUAUUUUCCUCGUUGAAAGAGAGUUGUCGCAGCUUGCGAAGCGCAUCAACGUGCUUGAACGUUGUCUUGCACAACAUGGUCUGAAGCUUGCGCCGGAGAAGACGAAAAUCAUUGCUUCAGCAGAUUAUCGUGGUGCCAGGAAAGUAUUAGUUGGAGCCAACACCUUCGAAGUGUCGCCCUCCGAUGAAUCCAUCAAGGUCUUGGGCAUCUCCUUCAAUUUGCAGGCUCCGGCGAGUCAGCAGGCCAAAGAACUCCUUCAUCGCACAAGGACAGCCGCCGCGAUCCAUAGGAACCUCCUGCGUGGUCGGGCGUCCUGGGACAAAAAGGCCAAUAUGAUCCGGACACUUGUCGAAUCGCAAUUUGCAUGGACGGGAGGAGCUUUGCAUUGGACGAGUGAAGACUUGCGGCAGGCCAACACCAUUCAGCUGCACACACUUCGCAGUUCCUUUCGCAUCGGCAAGAACAAGGGAGAGUCAUGGCAGGAGUGGAACUCGCGAAGCCUUCGACUAUGCCGAGCAUGGUUGGCAGCCACCUCCCGCCCACGUUGGUCAACUAGUAUACUCACACUCCAGCAUACGCUGCACGGACAUUGGGCUCGUCGGAUUGAAACCCUUCCAUCGGGCCUCUCCAUCCCUUCCCUCCCUUUGAGAGCGUUAAUGUGGAAAUGCACUCGAUGGUGGAGGAAUGAACAGAUGCUUAGUGACAAGGUUGGUGAACGCCAUCCGGGGCGAUUUUAUGCCAGCAACCCCGAGCGCCAGCUGUCGGACUGUCAUGGUGUCCUCUGGCAAGAAUGUGCACAAGAGAGGCACCGCUGGACCCAAGAACGACAAGCCUACAUCGCGAUGUGGGACGUCAAAUGGUGUAAAGGGCGGCAGUUGUCCAUCCGCUACUAG